AUGGUAACAACGAUAUUGGAGCACGAUGUAUGCCAUCCUUUCAGAAAAGAAAGUUUCCCUAUGAAUGGAGAAAUUAUGGCAACCGGAAAUUUGGAUUUGCAGUACCUAGAUUUAAGCUACAAUCGGCUGACGAAGAGCAUCUUGCAAGAGCUGAUAGACUGUCUUUAUUAUCAGAAUUAUAUGUUACUUGGAGACAGGCGUAGGGGUCUCUUACACCUUCUCGUCGAGGUAAUGAAACCUACUGUGCCUGAAAUUAAUUCCUCUUAUCGUUGCGAGUAUGUGUUCCAAGGGAGGGGGCAUUAAAGAGGAAAGCAGUAAAGACUGGGACAAGUUCGUGGUGCUUUUACAACAGAGGCAAAGUGGUAAUCGUCU